UCCACGAGGAUGAUGAUCGUUAUAAGAUAUACGGCUGGGAGCUACUAACACUGCCACGCAGUAGGUAUCUAUGCGUCUCUAUCUCAGGAUAAGAGUACUCUUAUUUCCAUAUGGUCGUGAUUUUGUAAUGUAUGUAGGCUUAUGUUAAAUCCGAUACACACCUAAGAGUUACAGUGGGGGAGGGGCUUUUUUGUGUUGAUGUCGAGGCCAGAUAAGGAUGCACGUCAUCGAUAACCACAAAUAAAAAUAUCAGAUAUCUACAAAAUAAUUCUGCUUUUUAGAAGAUAGCUAUAGCAUAUCUUGAGAUGUGUAUCCAAUGCUAGGUUGGAAGACUGAUCAACGUUAAUAGUAAUUCCCAAAACGUACGUAGUGGUUACUUAGUUCAGAUAGUCAUACUUAAUAUUUCUAGUAAUUCACCUAUUCAUGUAAAUGUGUACGAGUAUUAGGUAUUAUAAAACCCUGCCGAAGAACCAAAAUGUCUGUAAUUUUCCUAUUGUUUUCCAUUAUGUAAAUUAAAAUACAAGAGAAAUGGUAAGUCAAAGCUGAUCGUUCGUUUUAAUGAACCCUGAACAGUACAUUGAAGUUAGUAACGCAAGCGCAGAGCAACGUUUCAUGGCCAUCGCCUCGCAUGCGCGAACUCCCCUCUUCCUGUCGACUUCCCCCACUACUGGUUGCCACAAUCGCAUUUUGUUUACCAAUUGCUUUGCCUCGAUUGACGAGUUAGUCAGGGCAGUCGGUCGAGUAACUAUAACGACCUCGCUCGUUCUCGCGUACGUUCAUAAUUCACAGUCGCGCGUCGUCAGCGACGCACGCGACUUAUAAUCACCGCGUCAUGACCCUGUGACGUGAUAUUAUGAACAAAGCCGAAUCUUCGACGGAAACCGCCGCGCCCAGCGUGGCGAUCCACGUGGAACAGUAUGACGACUGUCAGGACGUCGAAAGCUCAAAGCUUCUCAACCUGCAAGAACCGGCAGCUACAAUUAAUACCUCUGCACCAAUGAGAAAAGUUAAGAGCUUUAGUGACACCCAAAAAAUUCGUGAUGUUGCCGCUGCUUCCGGAGCUGCUUCUGCAAGAAGUUUACGACCAUAUGAACAAGUGAUUCCUUACCCUGAAGGAUCCGAAAACGGAACUAACCAAUAUGGAGCGCCAUCGGUUCGAUCCCUCGCUUCAAUCGGCAUGGGCUGCACCGAUGGUCGCAAAAUGGUUAUUAGACGAGUACCUACUUCGCCCACAGAAUUGUUCCAUCUAGUGCGUCCUCCUACACCCCCCGAUGAAGAUUCGGCAUCCCACGAGAGUGACUGUGAAGAAGAAGAAGAAGAUGCCGCAGUACAUUUGAAACCCCGAAGGCCCUUUUGGGCUAACAAGAUUCAGUUCGUGUUGGCAUGCGUCGGAUACUCCGUUGGCCUCGGCAAUGUUUGGCGCUUUCCUUAUCUCUGUUACAAAAGUGGAGGAGGUGCAUUUUUGAUACCUUACUUCAUAAUAUUGUUAGUUUGCGGCGUCCCGAUGCUCUUUAUGGAACUGGCUAUAGGGCAAUACACAGCUCACGGACCUAUAGGAGCUUUGUCGCAGAUAUGUCCACUUUUUAAAGGUGCAGGUUUAGCGAGUGUGGUGAUCUCAUUUUUAAUGUCCACAUACUAUGCUGUGAUAAUCGCGUGGGCAAUUUAUUAUUUCUUCACGUCUUUCAAAACGGAAGUACCAUGGGCCAGUUGUUCAAAUCGAUGGAACACGGAUAUGUGCUGGGUGCCAAACCAUAACUACACAAAACCGAAUGGAUCUCAAACACCCACCGAACAAUUCUUCGAGAAGAAGGUAUUGAGUAUGAGUGCCGGUAUAGAAUUUCCUGGUGGCAUGCGGUGGGAAUUGGCAGCUUGCUUGGUCUGUGCUUGGGUGUUAGUUUAUUUCGCCCUGUGGAAAAGUAUCAAGUCAUCCGCCAAAGUUCGUUAUAUCACCACGACACUGCCUUUUCUGCUAAUUUUAGUAUUCUUAGGUAGAUCUCUAACACUCGAUGGGGCGGACAGAGGCUUGAGAUUUUUCUUCAAACCAGAAUGGGAACUUCUAAAACAAUCCAGACCAUGGGUUAACGCCGCUUCACAAAUUUUCAAUUCCAUCGGCAUAGCGUUCGGAUCUAUGAUCAUGUUCGCUUCAUAUAACAGAUUCGACAACAAUUUUCUACACGAUACUGUGGCUGUAACAUUGGUCAAUGCAAUAACCAGUCUCAUAGUCGGAAUAUUCACCUUCGCUACUAUUGGAAAUAUCGCAUUUGAACAAAACACACCGGUCAAAGAUGUUAUCGCAGAUAGUCCCGGACUUUUAUUCGUGGUUUAUCCACAAGCAAUUGCAAAGAUGCCAGCUUCGCAACUUUGGGCAGUUUUAUUUUUCUUUAUGUUCCUGUGCCUUGGCCUGAACAGUCAGUUUGCCAUUGUGGAAGUUGUCGUUACUUCGAUACAAGAUGGUUUCCCAGAUAUGAUCCGUAGGAAACUUGUCUAUCAUGAGCUCUUAGUAUUAUUGGUGUGCGCGGUGUCACUCGUAUUCGGCCUACCACAUAUAAUACAUAGCGGCAUAUACAUAUUCCAAUUAAUGGACUACUAUGCCGCUUCGCUCAGUAUCACGUAUCUUGCAUUUUUCGAAGUUGUUGCCAUAGCUUGGUUCUAUGGAGUGGGGAGACUUUCUCGAAACAUUAAACAGAUGACAGGUCGACGUCCGUCAAUUUAUUUCCGAUUUUGUUGGCUGAUUGCUACACCUGCUCUAUUAAUAGCACUAUGGGUGGCAAGUCUCGUCGAUUAUACUCCCCCCAGCUACCGGCAGUACCAAUAUCCAGCAUGGGCACAAGCAAUUGGUUGGAUUAUCGCCUCCCUUUCCUUAUUAUGCAUUCCUGUGUACGCUGUAAUAGUCGUAUUUAGAGCACCCGGGGAAAAUUUACUUGAGAAAUUACGUUAUUCCAUUCGCCCGAGUUCUAUUUGCGACUGUGGCGUGAAUGGUUGUGAUAUAUGCUGCUCGGAAUCCGAAACUCCUGAAGAUAAAACUGUUAUAACUUAGUUUUUAUUUUUAUUUACUGAACAUUGGAACUAAAAACAUUACAUGAGGUUGAUCUACGCCAAAUACCUACCUACCUACAUAAUUACGAGAAUAGUCACUUGAUAUCUUUAGAUAAACAAGGCAAUAAGAUAAUAAAGACGGUCUUCCAUCAUUUAUCAUUUACAAUGAGUAAGAAGUCAGCACUCGACCUAAAAUAACAAUUAUCUGCCUAUCUAACUUCACAGUCACUAGUGACACAGAUAUCGCACUUGAAUGCCUGCUAAACACUUAACGAUCAAUUUUGCACAAAACACACAAUCAAUUACAUUCAAAAUGGGUACUCUAUUAGCUAAUUUUUUUCGAAUACAUAAUUGUUUUAUGGCUUUGUUUUGCUAUAACUUUUUCAGCAAUCAAUCGAAAAAAACGUUAUGUUACUACUGAAUAAUUCAACUAAACUAGUGAUGAAGCGUAUUACAAACUAGAUACUACUGCCCUGAAACUAUUUCUACAAAAUAUCAAUCAUGGGUUCCGGUUUGAAAGGUUUAACAGUCUUGAUACAAAAAUGAUUAACUUCGACCUCAUGUCUGAAAUAUCAAUUUUUAAAUACAAAAAGCAGUAUUACACAUAAAUCGAAUGAUUUACAAGUUAUAUAGCUUUAUAAAACAUGUAAGUACAAUAAUAAUUCUAACAUAAGUUUCAUAAUUUUUCAUCCUGUUGUUCUCUUAGUUAUAUAUAAUAUGUAAUUAAGGGCUGCAUUUCCAAAACAUUCCAUAAACACAAUCCAACGAAAGUAAGUCAUUUUUAGUUUUUAAUAAACUUAAUAUUGUGUUCUUAAAACACGGUGAAGGAAUAUAACAUCGUGUAAUAAAAAUCAAACCCGCAAAGUUAUAGUUUGCAUAAUUACUGGUGGUAGGACGUCUUGUGAGUCCGCACGGGUAGGUACCACCACCCUGCCUAGUUCUGCCGUGAAGCAGUAAUGCGUUUCGGUUUGAAGGGUGGGGCAGCCGUUGUACUGUUUAAAGUGAGACCUUACAACUCAUGACUCAAAGGUGGGUGGUGGCAUUUACGUUGUAGAUGUCUAUGGGCUCCGGUAACCACUUAACCCGAGAAGGCCGUGAGCUCGUCCUAAAAAUAAUAAUUGAAUCAUUGCUAUUGUUUGUAUUUAUUUUAAUCAUUGACAUUAAAUUAAAAUGACUGUCUAAAUUAUUUAUCUGCAGUGUGGUUGUCCAACCAUUCCAUUGGAAUUUUUAUGUAAAAUUGUAUUUUCGCAUGUGAGAUUAAAUAUUGAAUACAUAUCGACCAGUAUUUGUAUUUUGAAUAAGUUAAUGUAAAUAAUGUUACCAAUAGGUACUAUCAAGUGUUAUAAUAUAAUAAAUGUAAUUAAAUAAAAA